AUGAGUUACUCGCAGGCCCCUUACUACCCCGCCGCGUAUCCCCCCUACAACCAGUACCCCAUGGGCAUCUCGCCUCUGACGCCCUCCCAUCCAAACUCUGCCGGAUCCCAGGAGUUCAAUAACAUGUCUUCCUCGCAGCAGCAGCAGCAGCAGCCGCCGCCGCUGCCGCUGCCGCUGCCCCAGGACUUCCAUGGCGCCGACCUCUCUAGUCCCGUAUUCAAUCCGGCCCCGUACGUGGACGGUCCCGCCAUGACUAACGUCAACAUCGAGCCUAAGAAGGAAGCCGAGCGCAGCAGCAACAGCGCUCGCGGCUCGCACUCGGCGGAUGAGGAGGACGAGGAGGCCAUCAACCCGAACCAGGCCAAGCGCAAGGUCCAGAACCGCAAUGCGCAGCGGGCCUUUCGCGAGCGUAAGGAGCGUCACGUCAAGGACUUGGAAACGAAGGUCGCCGACCUCGAGCAGGCCAAGUAUGAGAAGACUACUGAGAACGAGAAGCUCAAGAAGGACCUACAAAAAGCCAAUACCGAGAACGAAAUCCUGCGGGCAACAGCGGCAGCAGCGCCGCCGGUGGCAAACCCUGUCUACAGCGGCUACGGCUACCCCGAUUUUGGCCCUACCACGACCGGGCCUAUGCACUAUAACCCGACCGACUUCUACACCAGGCUGCUCGCGAAUCACCCGGGCAAGCGGCCCAGCCAUCGCAUCCGCACUACAUCAGAUGGUGUCCGGCUGUACGGCGCCGGUGCCACCUGGGAGUAUAUCAUUGGACACGAGCUCUAUAAGCAGGGGCUCGUCGACGUCGGUGAUAUCAGCAACCGCUUGCGGUACAAAGCCGUGUGCGACGGCCAGGGCCCGGCCUUUGACGAGAAGACCAUCAACGAUGCCAUCGAGCAGAGCGUUGGGAGUGGAAGCGACAGGCUGAUCUGA